AAUUUAGUUUGAAUUCAUUCAUUACACAACUUGUUUCCAUUCCACAGGGAGUUUCCUUUUCCCCUGCUUACACGCACCCACACACACACACAUUUUUGUUUCGUUUGCACCUUUUGUGCAUUGCAUUUCUUGCAUUUCUUUGAUUUGGUUUCCACCGAAAAAUGUCGGCCCGGAAGCGCAGUGGUUCGAGAAAACGGUCUACCAAAGACGCCCCUGUGGAGUCCGAGGUGCCAUUGGAAGAGCUGUUUGCGGACACUGUGGAGGUGGCGCAGAUCGAUCUCAUUGAUGACCUCAACGAGGAGUUCUUUGGCACAUCCUAUCAGCUGGUGCAGCACCUGUCGGCACGUGAUAACUUCGUUGCGGGCAAGGUGAAGCGAUAUGUGGAUAUUCUGGCCCGCAUCCAUGCCCGGUAUGUCAGCGAGGUGGAAAACGGCGUGGAAAUGCGGGUGAAGGUGGCGACUGCGGACGACAAAAUGGAGCUGGCCCUGAAGACAACGGCCAUCUCGGAGGCGAUGAUGGAGAAGCUGCGUGAGGCCCUGGCCGACUCGUGGCGCACCACGGACGCGGUGAAGCACCGGGAGGCCCUCAUGCAGGGCCAACUAAUGACGCUCGUCCAGAGCGGGCCACGGCUCACAAAGAGCGACACCCAGGACACUAGGAUCAGCCAGCAGGAGACCCGCAUCCGUGGCAUGGUCUAUAGGGAACGCGACCGUGUGGCAGGUGAACUGAAGGAUUAUCAGAAGCGCUUGGAGCUGAAUCGCAUAUACUCGGAGACUCUGGAUUCGGUGAUCCAGUCGCUGCGCGAGACAAUCGUCACACAGCAGAUGCGCCUCAAGAUGAUGGAGUCCGAAGGCUACAAGGUGCAGCACAAGCAUCGCAAGGAAGUCGAGACAUACGAGGAGCGAGUCAUGUCCAUGCGCAAGGAGCUGGAUGCAGCCCAACACAGCCUGCGCGUGUUGCAGGCUAGCGAAAAGGAAAAGGCCGAUGUGAUGGCCAUGAACGACAGCCUCAAGCUGGCCAACGAGCAUCUCUCGCGCGAGAACUACACCGUCUCCAGAACCUUCCACCACAAACAGGAGGAGAAGAAUCGUCUGGUGAUGAACCUCAAGCUGUCCGAGGACAUGAACAGUGUCCUGCGUCGGGACAAUGACGAGCUGGAGGCCUUUCGGCACAACAUCGAUCGGGAGCUAAAAAAGAAAACGGAAGAUGCGGUGAUGCUGGAACGUCGCUUCCUGCAGCUGUCCAAAAAGAAUGCGGACUUGAACGAUCAGAUCAUAGUCAAAGACAACGAGAUCAAAGCCCUGGAGAAGAAGCAGUCAAUGACAAUGGCCAAGCUGGAUGAGGUCACACACCAGAAGGAUGACAUCAGUCGCGCACGCGGCAAGCUCCAACUGGAGAUUGUUCGUAUUAAUGAUGUGGCCGCCGGUCUGCGGCAUGGCAUGGUCACACUGCGCGCUCAAAUUCAGGAUGUGAACUUGGACCUCUCGCGGGUCAACAAGAAGCUGGACGAGAAGGAGUUGGCGGUGCAGCGGAUGGCCCGGGAGAAGCGAGAGCUGGUUGUGGAGCUCAAUGAUGCGCACAAGAAGAUCGAGAACAUAGAAGAGACGCUGCAGAUUAGGACAGCGCGACUGGAGUUGGUCCAGGAUCAGCUGCAGCGCAAGCAUCAGGAGUUCAUGAAUGCCAAAAAGCAAAUGGAGAUUGCCCACUCUGAGCGGGUGAUGCUGCUCAAAACGAUGGACCUGUGCACGCGCGAUCGUCAAAUACUGCAGGCCUCCGUCACACGGCUGACGCACCAGAUCAACCAGCUAUCGGGCACGGUGGCUACGAACGAGAAGGAGAUCUCCUCGCUGGAGAAAGAUAUCGAGCAGCUGAAAAGCACCAUCAAGCAGAAGCAGAACGAGAUCCAUGCGAAGGAGCGGACGCUGGCCAGCACGCGCAACGAUCUGCGCGAGAUGAAGAUCCGGUUCGAGCAGUCACAGCACACGAUCGACGAGGACGAGAAGCGCUUCAAGCAGAUCUCCUGCACCCUGGAGGAGGUGUCCAAGGAGAAGAGUCUGGUGGGCCUGCAGAUGGUGCGGCGCAACGACGAGGUGCGGCUGCUGCGCGAGAAGGAGACCAUCAUGCAGAGGGCCAUCGACAGGGGCACGUCGCAGUACAAUCAGCGGCUGGAGGACAUUCGCCUGCUCAAAAUGGAGAUCGUGAAUGUGCGCAUGUCCCACCAGUGCAUGCAGCGGGAGGUGGGCAACAGGGCGACCAUGCGCCAGGAUGUGGUGCGACUGGAGCGCCAGCUCCUGCAGGAGCGUCUGCGUGUCUCCGCCUACACAAAGGAGAUGGCCCAUCCAUUGCGCAUCCAUCGCUGGCGCGUGAUGCUCGGCAAGGAUCCGCGACGCUACGAGCUCAUCCGCAAGAUCCAGGCCCUGCUCAAGCGCAACAUUCGCCUCAAUGUGGAGCGUUUGAAUAUGGCCAAAAAGCUGCAGGAUUCGGUGCGAUUGUACGAGACGCUCAAGGCGCGCAUCAAGCACAUGCCCGAUCCCAGUGUACGGGAGAAGCUCUGUACCCAGCAGCGCAUCAAUCGCUGCCAGAGCAACCAGCUGCGCGCCAUCAAGGCCGAACUGAUAAUCAACGAGAUCGAUCUGAAGAGUCGCGACAUCCUCAUCAAGGAGUGCCAGGCGACGCUGAAGCAACAGAACCAGAGCCAGACAAACAUUGAGGCCGCCCACAAGCGGCGCCUGGACAAGUAUACGGAGCAGUACUACUACGAGAACUCCUCCGCCUCCGGCUACGCGGCCUGCAAGAAAAGAAACAGCAAACUGAGUGACAAUGCCAGCUGAGGAAGGAGGUUUUAUUUGAACGCCCUGGUGCGUUCCAGCUGCUUCGUGGAUCAUUAAAGCAAGGUGGUGACCAUCUUAAAGCCCGCUCCCAGUGUACGU